AAAGGUUGAUUAAAAAGGGCCCUUUGAUUCCACAGGCACAAAAAUCCACAGCCAGGAAUUUGCUGCCACCUCUGAGUCAGGCGGGGGGGGGGGGUGCACAAUCCCAUUAGAGAAUGCCCAGUGGAGUUAGUCGGUGAGAGUCACAUUUCUUAUUUGGGCCAGUGUAGACAGAAGCAAAUCUAGGCGCUCCCUGCUUUCCUGGGACAGUUGAGUUGGAGGAUGGCAUUCACAGAGCAUCCACAGCUGACCCUCCAUCGCCGGGACCUCUGCAGCCGCUCUAUCUGGCUAGCAAGGAAGAUUCGUUCAGACCUGACUGCACUUAUGGAAUCCUAUAUGAAACAUCAAGGCCUGAACAAAAAUGUCAACCUGGACUCAGUGGACGGUGUACCAGUGGCAAGUACUGAUCAGUGGAGCGAGCUGACUGUAGCAGAGAGACUCCAAGAUAACCUCCAAGCUUAUCGUACCUUCCAUGGUAUGCUGGCUAAGGUUUUGGAAGACCAGAAGGUGCAUUUUACCCCAACUGAAGGUGACUUCCAUGAAGCAAUACAUACCCUGCUCCUCCAGGUUUCUGCCUUUGCCUACCAGCUGGAGGAGUUAAUGGUACUCCUAGAGCACAAGAUCCCCCCAAAUGAUGGAAUGCCUGUUGCUGUUGGAGAUGGGGGCCUCUUUGAAAAGAAGCUGUGGGGCCUAAAGGUGCUUCAAGAGCUUUCACAGUGGACUGUGAGGUCCAUCCAUGACCUGCGUGUUGUUUCUUCUCAUCAGAUGGGAAUCCCAGCACAUGAGAACCGUUAUGCAGCAAAGGAAAAGAAAAUGUAGCAGCCUUCUCCCUUUUUUUCCUUCUGCUCCAAGGAAAUACAUAGGGUUUUCUGGGGCACAUUUUCCCAUCUUCAAUUCUUAAGACUACAAGCAUUUUCAUCAAGUAGGGAUGGAGACAUAGACAAACAUAAAGGUUAUCUGGUAUAUAAGUGCACGUGUGCAUGCGUGUGUGUGUGUGUGCACGUGAGUGUGUGUGUGUUUGAGAGGAACUGGUUGCAGGAACAUCACCCAGCUUGGUACUAUAACCUACCCAUUAAGCAACCUCUGUAGCCAUUUAACAGCCUUACAGACGAGAUAAAUAUUCUGACUGUAGUUUUGGAGAACUUCUGAGAAGACUGAACCACCAAGAUGAAAAUCAUGGACUCUCUAGCCAUUCAAACAUUUAUGAUGAUAAUAAAAAUAAUAAUAGCUAACAUUUAUUAACUACCGGCUAUAUUCAGGCAUUGUGCCAGAGGUGUUCUGGGUAUUACAGCUUUUACAACAACCUUAUAGGGUGGUAGUGUUAUUCUCCUUGGGUAAAUGAGAAAAUAGGCUCAGAGACUUGAUGAAAGUUACACAGCAGCAAGUAGCAGUUUGUCUUCACUGGAAGCCUGUGGCCCAUCACUUUAGAAGGAUGAUUGUGAACCCUAUUAUUGUGUCUAUGUGUAUCAAAAGGUUGGAAGAUUAUCCUUUAAAGUCCCUCUAUAAGUCCUCAUAAG